UCAGCGUAUGAUAUCGUAUCUUACUGUUUCAUGGUGUAGAACUGGCGUGUAGCACAAUGGUGUAUGGAUCAUAGUCUUUUUCUUCUUUUUAAACAAGAUUUUUUUUGUAUUCAAGCAAAGAAAAUUUAAAUUAAAAAAGCCUAUCGGUUAGUGGAUCUGCGAGGGAUUCUCUUUUAGUUUUUAUAAGAGGGGGAGAAAAACCCGGUCAAAAUGUCAACGGGUAAAGAAAUCGGGGGAGCCCAGCAUGCUCAAUACGUGGGACCAUAUCGACUGGAAAAAACGCUUGGAAAGGGACAGACAGGAUUGGUGAAGCUUGGAGUCCACUGUGUAACAUGUCAAAAGGUUGCAAUAAAGAUUGUCAACAGGGAGAAGCUCAGUGAGUCGGUGCUAAUGAAGGUAGAACGGGAGAUAGCUAUCCUGAAGUUAAUAGAACAUCCACAUGUUUUAAAGCUACACGACGUCUAUGAAAAUAAAAAAUAUUUGUACUUGGUGUUAGAACAUGUUUCUGGGGGAGAACUCUUUGAUUAUCUUGUGAAAAAAGGACGACUGACACCAAAGGAGGCCCGAAAGUUCUUCCGACAAAUAAUAUCUGCGUUAGAUUUCUGCCAUAGCCAUUCAAUAUGCCACAGGGACUUGAAGCCGGAAAAUUUAUUGUUGGAUGAAAAGAAUAACAUCAGAAUAGCAGACUUUGGAAUGGCUUCACUGCAGGUUGGCGACAGCUUAUUAGAAACUAGCUGUGGCUCACCUCAUUACGCCUGUCCUGAAGUCAUCAGGGGAGAAAAGUAUGAUGGUCGGAAAGCAGAUGUCUGGAGCUGUGGUGUCAUCCUUUUUGCACUGUUGGUGGGAGCACUGCCAUUUGAUGAUGAUAAUCUGAGACAGUUAUUGGAAAAAGUAAAGCGUGGAGUGUUUCACAUGCCACAUUUUAUACCUCCGGACUGCCAAAAUCUCUUAAAGGGAAUGAUCGAGGUGGAUGCUUCAAAACGCUUGACACUAGACCAGAUUCAGAAACAUUCUUGGUAUAUUGGGGGUAAAAAUGAACCUGAACCAGAGCAACCUGUUCCAAGAAAGGUACAGAUACGUUCACUUCCGUCACUGGAGGAUAUAGAUCCGGACGUCCUGGACAGCAUGCACUCAUUAGGUUGCUUUAGAGAUAAGAACAAGCUCAUGCAAGAUUUGGUGUCAGAAGAAGAAAAUCAGGAAAAAAUGAUCUAUUUUCUUCUUCUUGAUCGGAAAGAGCGGUAUCCAAGCCAUGAAGAUGAAGAUUUGCCUCCUCAAAAUGAUACAGAUCCACCUAGAAAAAGAGUAGACUCACCAAUGUUAAAUCGACAUGGCAAGCGACGACCUGAAAGGAAAUCGAUGGAGGUACUGAGCGUUACUGACGGAGGCUCCCCAGUUCCAGCUCGACGCGCCAUUGAAAUGGCACAGCAUGGCCAGAGAUCCAGGUCAAUAAGUGGAGCAUCUUCUGGCCUUUCCACUAGCCCCCUCAGCAGUCCAAGGGUGACCCCUCACCCUUCCCCUCGCGGAAGUCCCCUCCCCACCCCAAAGGGUACACCAGUUCACACUCCCAAGGAGAGUCCGGCGAGUACUCCGAACCCGACACCACCAUCCAGUCCCAGUAUUGGAGGGAUGCCUUGGAGAACGCGGCUGAAUUCGAUCAAAAACAGUUUCCUUGGAUCACCUCGAUUUCAUCGCAGGAAAUUACAAGUACCGACACCAGAGGAGAUGUCAAGCCUAACUCCAGAGUCUUCCCCAGAACUCGCCAAAAAGUCAUGGUUUGGUAACUUCAUCAACUUGGACAAAGAGGAGCAGAUAUUUGUGGUCAUCAAGGACAAACCAUUAAGUUCCAUUAAAGCAGACAUUGUCCAUGCCUUUCUUUCAAUCCCUAGCCUAAGUCACAGUGUCAUGUCUCAGACAAGUUUUCGAGCUGAGUACAAAUCCACUGGGGGUCCAGCUGUGUUCCAGAAGCCAGUUAAAUUCCAGGUGGACAUCACUUACACAGAAGGCAAUGAGGCACGGAAGGAGAAUGGGAUUUAUUCAGUCACCUUCACACUGCUGUCAGGUCCAAGCCGUCGGUUCAAAAGAGUGGUUGAAACAAUUCAGGUCCAGUUGUUAAGCACACAUGACCAGCCUUCCGUUCAACAGUUGUCUGACGAGAAGAAUAAUGGGCAAGUAGCUCAUCCACCAGCUACGCCAACCAAACAUGCACAAAACAGCAAGCAGAGUGAUCCUGAUGCUAUUGACUAUGGUUCUAGAGGACACUCUAAAUUUCCAGCUGGGAAAGAGAAGGCAAAGAUGGUGCCAAGUAUUGGGACACAGGACCAACCUUAAAUCCAUUUAGAACUAGUCCCGUGUUCUGAAAGGAAGUAAAUAACGGACUGCUUCGGUACAGUGUCCAUAGACAGAAUUUGUAUGGCGGAAUGAUUGUGUAUAACUGAGGAUUAGCACGUACACCCCCUCUCUACAACAUUUUGUUUCCCUGUUUUUGCUGCUCUCCUUUUUAUGAUGACCUGAUUUAUUUCCACUCUACUGCCAGGAAUUGUCCAGAAAACUUGUUAAACCCCAUCUGGUGAACACUAUGGCUGCGGAUAUUUGUCGAAGGAAAGGCACCUGAUGUCUUGGUGCAUGUGGGAACCUGGCGCCCUAAUGACGCUUAACACUUGACCAAUCAAGAGCUGCUGCAUCCCGGGAAAGGGAACAGAAAUCCUGGGAGAGACUGACACCCUUCAGCAGCAGGUUAUCCACCAGAGCGGGGAUGUGGGGGGUGAAUUGAACAGCACCACCACAGCAACAUAAGCUCCAGCAGCCUCAGUGGACCCUUCCUUUGUAGAAGCAGGACUUUGGUGAGACUGCUGCUGAUGGGUAAGAAAUCAGGGGGUCAGACAAAACCGCAGCAAUGAACUAAAACACGAACAAGUGUAACAAACUUGCCACCUUGUACCGCUCCUACUUUAUGUAUAAAUUCUGUUUGUCUAGUUGUGACACCUUGUUUAGCUGUAGAAUAAAACAGAUUCAAACACUGUGUUGCCAGUUAUAAGUUUGUCAGUAUUAUUUAUUUUCAGGGUAAUAUAAAUGUGUAUAUAUAAAUAUUUUAUUCAUUUCACAAUGGUACCAUGUUCAAUUGAACCAUGUUGCUGGUUUACUAUCAUGGGGUGGGGGGAUGGUUUGACCACCCACUGCUAUAAAAAGCUACAUUGAUUGUGGGCAUUUUAUAUAUUUUUUCCCCUUUCUGUUCUUAUUUAUUGAACCCCAGUAAUUUAUCAGCAGAACAUCUAGGUGUAUGAAUGUUGUCUUUCAUUGUGAAUGACUUAUAGAGGCAACACUUACUGUAUUAAAGGAAAAAAAAAUAUUUUGUCCAAUUUAUCAGAGCUUUGUGAACAAUAUUAACUUAUUCUGUCCCGAUUCAAGGAACUUGUAGUAUAUGUUUAAAACAAAAACAGUACUUUCAGAAUGUAGAAUAGCAGUAGUGUCUGAAAUGAUUAUCUUAUAUUGCUAUUUGUUAGUUUCAUAUCAGUGUGCGUGUUCCACAGGUAAAAUUAUUGGACCAGUUCUUGUACAUAAGUAAAUCAACAAUGGACUUUGAAACACUGGAGGUUACUGUUAUUGAAUUUAUCUUGUAUAACUGUGUGCAUGUCAGACAUGGUUUUUCUUUGCAUGAUGUUGCUGUAAUUGUUCUCAUAAUGCUCUGUCCUCUUUCUUGCUCUCCCACGUGCACAACGAAUGCUUCCUUGCACCGUACCUCUGCAAAAUGGCUGGAGUACAACAUGGAUGAUACAAGCAGGAAGGGGAAGAAAUAAAGCAAUACUUAUAUUGAUAUCCUUCCUAUUUUGUACUUGGGGAAAAAAAUUACUUAUUUAACAGACAAACUAUCCAAUGUACCCACCCAAUUUCCCCCUCCCCCUUCCCCCUUGUAAUAUAACUGUGAGCAACUUCAGUGCAAGAUCAAUAAAUUCAUUCAAUUCCAAUCA